UCGUCAGUACCAGCCAUGGACAGCGCCAAACACUCGGACGACGGCGACAGUAGCAACGCCGUAGCGACCAUUAGGGAGCCAGAAGACAUCAUCGAUAAUGACAAAGAUGACGCUGUCUUGGAAGAAGUGGUGCCAAAGAAAAAAAUAAAAUAUCCACGAUCGGUUUUCUUCAUUGUGAGCAAUGAGUUCUGUGAAAGGUUCACAUACUAUGGAAUGCGAACUGUUCUUUCAAUAUAUCUCAGGAACAUUUUGGGAUAUACAGAUGAAGUUUCAACAAUUAUUUAUCACACGUAUACUAUGUUAUGUUAUUUCUUUCCAAUAUUUGGAGGAAUUUUAGCUGACAGCUUUUUAGGCAAGUUCAGGACUAUACUGUAUUUGUCGAUAGUGUAUGCUAUAGGGUCCAUAGUGCUGUCUUUGGCUGCUGCAGAUGAUGCUAUUCCGGGGAUGCCCUCACAGGCCAUAAGCAUGUUAGGACUCUUUCUCAUUUCCGUGGGAACUGGAGGCAUAAAGCCGUGCGUUUCUGCUUUCGGUGGAGACCAGUUCGUGCUUCCGGAACAAGAGAAGCAGUUGGCUCAAUUCUUCUCAGUGUUCUAUUUCUCUGUUAACGCUGGAAGCCUGGUGUCGACAUUCAUCACACCAAUUCUGAGAGAGGACGUAACGUGCCUCGGACACGACAGCUGCUACUCUCUCGCUUUUGGUAUUCCAGCCAUUCUCAUGAUCGUCGCAACAGUAUUCUUUGUCGCUGGAAAACCAAUGUACAAAAUAAAACCAGCUGAGGGAAAUGUUCUUGCUGAAACAGUAAAAUGUAUUCAUCAUGCUCUUUCUCGGAAGCGGAAACUGAAGCGUGAGAAGAAAGGUGAAAACCGCGAACACUGGCUGUACUACGCGGACGAUAAAUAUGACAAGAAGACAAUCGAUGGCAUAAAGGCUACUCUUGGAGUUCUCUUUCUCUACUUGCCUCUCCCUGUGUUUUGGGCACUCUUCGACCAGCAGGGUUCAACCUGGACAUUUCAAGCUACGAGAAUGAAUGGGGAACUUGGCACAUGGGCAAUAAAACCUGACCAAAUGCAAGUGGUUAAUUCCCUGCUAAUUCUGUGUUUUAUUCCUCUCUUCGAAAUUAUCGUCUAUCCACUGUUCAGUAAAUGCAACUUAUUGAAGAAACCGCUUCAAAGGCUUGGAGUAGGUGGAGUCGUUGCAGCGCUGUCAUUCGUUAUAGCUGCCGUUGUUGAACUGCAGUUGGAGCCGACUUACGCUGUAGUACCAAAGGCUGGUGAAGGCCAGGUAAGGAUUUUCAAUACUCUGGACCAAGCCGUCGAUGUUACUACUGGUUAUGGCUCCAGGAAUAUAGCAGCUCACGGCACCUGGGAAGAACUGCAUUUGGGAGUUCAUGGAGAGAGCAUAUACGACGUCACACUUUCUUAUCGUAGUGAACCGGUUAAUGGCAGUAUUACUGUGUAUGAAAACCAGGCCACAUCAUAUGUAAUUGGACAAGUUGGAGGUGAACUUGAGGGCCCCUUCAGAAACGAUCAAGUAGAGAAGUCACAGGAAGGUGAUCCAAUGCUUCGAAUACUGUACUUAUUUUAUGACUCCCUUCCCCAUACAAUCACAUUCAAAAAGGGAGACGAAGUAGGACUGACAGUUAGCAUUAAAUCAGAAGACGACCACACAAAUGCUUCAGUAUCAGCAAGUAUUGAAGACGGCAGUUAUGACGUUUAUCUGGACGACAACAAAGUAGACAGCGUGCAGUUAAAGUUUGGAGGCGUUUACAAUUAUGUACUGGUUAAAACAGCAGAAAUCACAAAUCAUCAGUUGUACACAGUGACAUCUCCAAACUCGGUACAUAUGUUAUGGCUGGUCCCACAGUACGUCGUAAUAACAGCCGGGGAAGUUAUGUUCUCCAUUACUGGACUUGAAUUUUCAUAUUCUCAGGCUCCAGCGAGUAUGAAAUCUCUUCUAACAUCCGGUUGGCUGCUCUCAGUUGCUGUUGGAAACUUGAUUGUCAUCAUAAUCGAAGGAGCAAAAAUUUUUGAAAGCCAGGCUAACACGUUCUUCCUGUUUGCUGGCCUGAUGAUUGUAGAUAUGGGAAUAUUUGGCUUAAUGGCCAGAGGGUACAAGUACGUGGAAAAACCACAAGACGGCGACAGCGAAGAAGACUUAAAGAGUGAUGAUGUUAACAGCGUCAAACAAGAACAAGGACUCGAGAACCCGAAUUUCAAGCCUGAAGAAUAAUUUAUUUCUAUAUGCAGCAAAGAUAAUAUCAUAUAAUCAUCUGUGUAAAAACUAUAUCUCACGUAAUACUUAGAUCUACAUGUUACGUAGAAACCUCUCAUCGACUUUUGUACAUUCUCUCAUCUGUAAAUACAAGCAACUUGCAUCAACAUUUUUAUAAUUCAGUAAUAUCUGUCAAAAUGUGCUUUGAUCCAAAUAACAAAAUAACAGAUUUAUUUUCUAAUUUAA